AGAGUAAUUAUAGAAACUCAAUAUUCUUGUCGCAUCCCCUUUAUUCCAGAUAAUUCCUACAUCAUAUUUUCUCAACACUUUUGGCUUUUAGAAGUUGAAGGAGAUUUUUUUUAAACGGAGAACUUUGCGUUACAAGAGACUUUGAUUGAGCCGUUCCUGAGCUCGUGUCGCGCGAUUGGUGCGUCGACGGGGCACGCGGGUGAUUUCGACCGCUCGAUCAUCUCCGUGUACCCUACCACCGCAAGUGCCCCUCCCAUCGGGGGCGAUUCUCGGAUCCACGGUGGUGGUCGGUCAGUCGACGUUCAUAAAUGGUGACGUAAAGUUACAGCUCGUAGCGAGCUGGCGAUUCGUGGUACGUGGUAACGGCCUGUCAGUGAAUCUCGGACGGAGAUGGGAACGCAAAAGCCCGGAGAAUGGGCGAACUUGGUGCUCGCACGUUUCGAGGAUCAGCUGCCGUGUCGUUCCGGUCUCGAAAGUCCUCACUCUCAGGUGAACGGCAAGAGGAGCAAGAAAUGCUUGAUAGAGAUCUCGCGCUACCGUUUCUCCCUCGUUAUAUCCGGCCUCACGAAGAUACUGCAGCGCGUCAAUGAGCUGACACCGAGCACAAGUGGCCAGCGGCCGUUCCACACCAUGGAUCAAGAUCGACAAGAGUCCAUCAUUAUUGUUCUGGAAACACUGGAAAAGUGCCUGGCGAACACACCGAAGGAUACAACGAAAUUCGAGGAAGCUAUGAACGUAAAAUUGCUGCUUCGGGAAAUAUGCCAGUUCAUAGGCAUACCGUACGACAAUCCGCAGACUAAAAUGAUCAAAGAUCUGGCGAGCAAGGUGCUGUUCGCCCUGAGCCUAAAUUUCUUCAAUGCGGUCUUCAAUCGGAUAUCGGCCAGGCUUCAGGAACUCUCCAACAGCGGCGAUGAGAAUCCGGAUUGCAGUGACAUCGAGUUGAUGCAGUACAUCAAUGUUGAUGUGCACAGGCUGAUCAGGCUGCUGAAUGAAACGAUACAGAAAGUCCGGCAACUGAAGAAAUCGGCGCACCUCGUUCUCAUGAACUCUCUGGAGAAGGCGAUCUGGAAUUGGAUGGACACCUAUCCCCAGGAGUUUGCCGAUCUGCAAAAGCAACCCAACGAAGAUCUCAGCAAGCUGUGCGAGGAGCUGUUCGAUUUUCUCGACACGUUCGUCGAUAAAAAGAGUCGCGCCGCGGUGGUGUGGCCGUUGCAGAUGAUGCUGCUGGUACUCUCGCCCAAGGUGCUGAACGAGAUCGUGAACGCCGACACCGGGCCGCCUGGUUCGCCACGUUACUCCAAGAAGAAACAUUUCAUCGACAGCGUGAAGCGAAGUCUAAUGCACGGCAGCUCUUCCAGUAGACAGCUGACCGAGGCCGCGGUGGUCACGUGCGUCAAACUUACCAAAGCGGCCACGUACAUCAGCAACACGGAAUCCAACAGCAGUGUAGUUUUAAUUUUGGUGCGGCAGGUGCAGGAUGAUCUGAUGACACUGCUCUUCAAUCCAUCGAAACCAUCCUCCCGUGGGCAGAGUUACAAUGCACAAGAGGUCGAUCUGAUGAUUGACUUUUUUGUCAGCUGCUUCCGUAUCAAUCCGCACAACAACGAAAUUUUCAAGUUCUGUCUGAAUGUCAACUACCCGUCGAUAUACCAGUUCGUUCUGGUCAGCUCGUUGUACAAAAUCUUUACGGAGGCGAGAUUGUCGUGGUGGCCGGAGAUCAGCCUCGUAAAUUCAUACGGCACGGAGCUCAGGAACAUGUUCACCGACACCCUGAACAAAGUGACGCAGAGCUACAUAUGGUAUACGCCUCUACGCAUGAUUCACAACUUUGCGCUCAAACCUAAAGAGGAGAUGGCCAACGCGAAGAACUUGUUGCUGGUGAUGGUGCGACUCAUUCACGUGGAUCCCAUGUUGAUGUUGCACAGUUACGGCACAGCUGGUCAUGAGAUGCAAAAGUCCACGUUAGAGCUGAUUAAUGGACUCGUCUCAUUAGUCCAUCAGCCCACGAUGCCGGACAUUGCCCACGAGGCGAUGGAGGCUUUGUUGGUGCUGCAUCACCCGGACAAAGUCAAAGCGUGGAAUCCGGAAGCACCACUGGUCACUUUCUGGGACGUUAGCUCGCAAGUUGUCUUCUCGAUCUCGCAGAAAUUGAUUCAACAUCAGAUUUUCAACUACACGACCAUACUUAAGUGGCUUCGCAAGAUAUUGAGCUGCAGAAAUGCCUUUCUUUUUCAAUAUAAAGAUUACGCGAAUUUGGACAGUCAAAUCGCGAUUAGUAAAGAAGCUCAUAUUAAACUUGAGGUCGUGUGCUUGAUAUAUCUAUGGAGUAUAGACAUGGAAGCUGUUUUAGUAUCCCUGUCUUGCUUUGCGCUACUGUGCGAAGAGGCUGAAAUUCUUUGUGGCAGCGACGAGGUAGCAGUGACUUCCCUGCUUCCAAAUUAUCAGUUGUAUUUAGAAUUGGCGCAGGCUUCAAACGUGUUGAUCUCCGCCCACGGGGAGAGUAAGCUAUGUUAUCAGGAGUAUAAUCAGGGACGUGCCGUGUUGCAAAAGAGAAUAUUGUCCUUACUGAGAAAGAUAGAACAUUGCGUGAACGGUAUACUGCCUGCUUGGGAAGAGACAUUUAGGAAUUGGGAAGCAGUCUCGCGGCAGCUGUCCAAUUAUCCCAAAACCAAAACCGAGGACGCACAAGUGGAGUCGUUUUGCCGUAGUACUGGAAAGAGGAAAGCGGCGCAUCAGAAUUCGGAGCACGAAGUGGAAGAACAAAUUAACGAGUGGGCGAACAUGACAGGGUUUCUUUGUUCCUUGGGCGGAGUAUGCCUGCAGCGCCGUUCGCCCAACAGACCACCGUGCAGCGUGCCCUUCAAUCCCGAGCCUAAAAAGGGUUCGGCGAAGCAGCAAGAGUCUGUCUCAGGUUUAACGAACGCCAGCCAAGAAAUGCAAUAUUGCCCGGUAACGCAGUUUGUGUUCAAUCUGUUACGAUUGUUGAUUUGCAAUAAUGAGAAACUAGGCAAUCAAAUUCAAAAACACGUGAAGGAGUUGGUGGGGCACGAGAUGAGCCCUGCCUUGUAUCCGAUACUGUUCGAUCAGAUUAAAAACAUCGUGGAGAAGUUCUUCGAUCCCCGCGGAGUGGUGAUAUCGGACUCGAACACGCAGUUCAUCGAACACAGCAUAUUUAUCAUGAAGAACAUCCUCGACUCGAAGACGGAUCAGCCGUCGGAAUAUCUCGGUAUGACCAGCAUCGAAGGAGUGAUGCUGGCGAUCGUCAGAUAUAUCAGGCAUUUGGACAUGACGGUGCACUCGAUCUGUAUUAAAAUCAAAUUGUGUCAGCUGGUUGAGGCGAUGAUGAAGAGACGAGACGACCUAGCGUUCAGGCAAGAGUUGAAAUUUCGCAACAAAUUGGUCGAAUAUUUAACCGAGUGGGCAAUGUGUACAGCUGGUAAAGAGAAUCUCUCAAGAAUUUCCAACGAUAUUAUAGCUUACAUUGGGGAUCUAGAUCAAGCGUGCAUGGAGGCAGUAGAAGCGCUGUUGCGCGGACUUCCUCUUCAGCCUGAGGAUUCCGAUCGUGCCGACUUGAUGGAAGCGAAAUCCGAGCUGUUCUCGAAAUAUUUCACGCUCUUUUUGAAAUUCAUAGAUCACUGUAAAGAAGUGCCGUCGUCUGAGAACACGGAUGACGUGUCUAGGCAAUCGUCUAGUUUAGCGACUAACAAGUUAGCUACCUUGCGCAACACUACCAUUCAAGCCAUGAGCAAUCUGCUCAGUGCGAAUGUAGACAGCGGUUUGAGGCACUCGAUACAUUUAGGAUACAAUGCGGAUCUCCAGACGCGAACCGCGUUUAUGGAAGUGCUGACGAAGAUCCUUCAACAAGGAACGGAAUUCGAUACCCUAGCCGAGACUGCCUUAGCGGAUAGAUACGAGCAAUUAGUUCAACUUGUUACGAUGAUUAGCGAUAAGGGCGAGUUACCUAUCGCCAUGGCGCUGGCCAAUGUAAUAACGUCGAAUCAAAUGGACGAGCUGGCUCGUGUUUUUGUAACACUGUUCGAUGCGAAGCAUUUGUUGUCGCCCCUCUUGUGGAAUAUGCUGUAUCGAGAAGUUGAGCUAACUGAUUGCAUACAAACCCUUUUUCGUGGCAAUACUCUGGGAAGCAAAAUCAUGUCCUUUUGCUAUAAAAUUUAUGGCGCCAGCUACUUGCAAAACCUGCUCGAGCCUCUCAUUGAGCCGUUGCUGGACGAGCCAACGAUUAGUUUCGAAGUAGAUAGCGCGAGGAUUGAUCCUAGCGAAAAUAUCGAGCAAAACGGCAGCAAAUUGAUCUUGUUAACGCAAGAGGUGUUUGACGCCAUAAUUUCGUCAGCUGAUAAAUUUCCACCGCAGCUGCGUUCGAUGUGUCAUUGCUUGUAUCAAGUGUUGUGCAAACGAUUUCCGCAAUCCCCGCAGAACAACAUUGUAGCCGUAGGAACAGUGAUAUUCCUGCGUUUCAUCAACCCGGCGAUUGUCUCGCCCCAGGAAAUGGGUAUCGUGAACAAACAAGUACCAUAUCAGGUCAAGCGGGGUCUCAUGCUCAUGUCGAAAAUACUACAGAACAUUGCCAAUCACGUAGAGUUCAGCAAGGAGCAGCACAUGUUACCCUUCAACGACUUUGUGAGAAGUCACUUCGAGAUCGGCCGGCGAUUCAUCAUACAAAUAGCAUCGGAUUGCGAAACGCUCGACCAAACCAGCCAUCCUCUGUCGUUCGUUUCGGACGCCAAUGUCUUGGCUUUGCACAGGCUGUUAUGGAAUCAUCAGGAAAAAAUCGGGGACUACCUCAGUAGCAGCAGAGACCAUAAAGCUGUCGGGAGAAGACCUUUCGAUAAAAUGGCUACGUUGCUAGCGCACCUUGGCCCACCCAAGUACAAGCCAGUGGAUUCUCACUCAUUCUUCUCGUCUUCUUUCAUUCGCAUGUCACGAUGGGCGAACAAGGAAAUGUCGUCGACCAAUUUCGAGGAUAUCAUGAUGAAGCACAAUAUGCACGAGAGAGAAGAAUUUAAAAAUAUACAGACUAUGAAUAUUUUUUAUCAAGCAGGCACGAGCAAGCAAGGCUAUCCAGUAUUCUAUUACAUUGCACGAAGGUUCAGAUUCAACGAAACAGAUGGCGAUAUGCUAAUCUAUCAUGUAAUUCUCACUUUAAAGCCCUUUUUCUAUUCUUCCUACGACGUAGUGAUCGAUCUCACCCAUGCACGUUCGGAUAAUCAGUUUAAAACGGAACUCUUGCAAAAGUGGUUUUACGUUCUGCCGAAGGCGGCCUACGAUAAUCUGCACGCGGUAUACAUCUAUAAUUGUAAUAGUUGGGCACGCGAAUACACAAAGUUCCACGAUAGCAUCCUGGCGCCGUUGAAAGGUAGUCGAAAAGUCGUGUUCAUCGAUGGUCAAAGUAAGUUGAACGAUGUGAUUGACGUUGAGCAACAGAAGUUGCCCGGGACAACGUUAUCCCUCGACGAGGACUUGAAGGUUUUCACCGGUGUUUUAAAACUCUCUCAUAAAGAGAUGAAGGUGUCAGUGAAAGUGGGACUGACGACUUUACAGAUAACUUACGCGGACAGGUCAAAAGUGCUGUCGCAGUACGUUCUCCUGAACGAUGUGUAUUACGCGUCCGAAAUAGAGUUCGUUUCUUUACCGGAGGACAGUCAGUUCACGAUAAACGUCGCCAACGAAGCCGAACCGCUGGUCUUUGCGCACAACGAUUGCGACAGUAUCGUGCAAGCUAUACGGCACAUCAAGAAUCGAUGGGACUUGCUGAAGUCGGACUCCAAGUCCGUUUACUCGAAGAUCAGGCCUAAGGACGUACCCGGCACUCUACUGAACAUGGCCUUACUGAAUCUCGGGAGCCCAAAUCCCAAUCUUCGGAUCGCUGCGUACAAUCAUCUGUGCGCUCUCACGGCAACGUUCGGUCUGAAAAUAGAGGGCCAGCUCCUGGAGACGUCCGGUAUUUGCAUACCGUCAAACAACACUAUAUUCAUCAAGCACCUAAGCGAAACUUUGGCGGCGAACGAUCCACAUCUCACACUUGAAUUCCUUAAGGAGUGCAUGCAGGGCUUCAAGCACUCGACCAUCGAACUGAAGCAUUUAUGCCUGGAGUACAUGACGCCGUGGUUGAACAACCUCGUACGAUUUUACAAGCCGCACGAUGAAGGCGGCAAACGACAGAAGCAGGUCACGGAAAUCCUGGACGACCUGAUCACGCUGACUGUCCAGGAAGUUGAGAUGUAUCCGAGCAUACAGGCGAAAAUAUGGAGCACCAUCGGCAUGCUGCCCGAACUGAUAGACGUUGUUCUCGACAUUUUCCUGCAACGAAGCGCGCGAUACGGCUUGGGCUCGCAGAUGGCUGAAAUCAUGGCGGACACCGCGGUUGCCCUGGCGUCUGGCAAUGUGCAGUUAGUGGCCAAGAAAUUGAUCAGUAAAGUAUGUCGAAUAGUGGACAAGACUUGCAUGUCGCCAACAUCUCUGUUAGAACAGCACAUAAUGUGGAGCGACAUCGCGAUUCUGGCAAGGUAUCUCCUGAUGCUUUCCUUCAACAACUGUCUGGACGUGGGAAAGCACUUGCCGUACAUUUUUCACACAGUGACACUGCUUGUGUGCUCCGGCAGCUUGACAAUGCGAGCGUCCAUUCAUUGCUUGGUGAUCAACAGUAUUCACUCGUUGUGCACGUGUAGCUCGCCUUCGUUCUCUGAAGAUACACACAGGAUACUACGGAUGAGUCUCGAAGAAUUCUCAUUACCGAAAUUUUAUUUGCUCUUUGGCAUCAGCAAAGUGAAGUCCGCUGCCGAUACAGCUUUCUACAAGCAUCCAAAGUCUAACGACAAGGACAAGGAGAAAGGCGAGAACGAAACGAAAAUGACAAGCGAGAAGUGGCUCAGCAAUGAGCGGAACGUGCCGGGAACGCAGGACAGAGAGAAACUUUAUUUGACCAGCUUGGAAGUCAUAACUGACGCCCUUUUAGAGAUCAUGGAGACUUGCAUGAGAGACAUUCCGAAUUGCGACUGGUUGAAAACGUGGACUUUGUUAGCGAAAAACUUUGCGUUCUGCCUCAAUCCGGCUCUACAACCGAGGGCGCUUAUCGUUUUCGGGUGUAUCAGUAAGAGCAUAACGGAUCAAGACAUGACGCAGCUACUGAAGAUACUGGUGCAAGCACUUGAAAGUUUUAACGACGUUACGCUUUUGGAAGCUAUUAUUAUGUGCUUAACGCGAUUGCAGCCUCUUCUGAGACCUGAAUCGCCAAUACAUAAGUACUUAUUCUGGGUUGCCAUAUCCGUGCUCGAAUUAGACGAAGCGUCGCUGUACGCAUCCGGUCUGGCUCUUCUUGAGCAGAACUUGCAUACGCUCGACUCACAGGGUACUUUUGACGAGAAGACAUUGGAACACGUGAUGAUGUCGACGCGCGAACCUCUAGAAUGCCAAUUUAAACAAUUGGAUCACGCUGUCGGCUUGUCGUUUAGAUCCAACUUCCAUUUCGCGUUAGUCGGUCAUCUCUUGAAAGGCUACAGGCAUCCUACACCGACUACGGUUACCAGAACAGUCAGGGUAUUGACUAUGCUACUGACGAUCGUGGCCAAGCCUUCCAAAAAGGAUAAAUUCGAAGUGACGCCUGAAAGUGUUCCUUACUUGACCGCGUUGGUGGCUGUAUCGGAAGAGGUCCGUAACAGGUGUCACGUCCGACAUUCCCUCGACAGAAGCUCGCACGAUCUAUCAGGCAGUGCGGAAAUUUUUGAUACCUUGCCAUCGCGCAGUACUGAUGUAUCUGGAACGUCUAAUCCUACGAAUAGAAGACAGAAGACUUGGGAUCUGCUGGACCAGACAGCGCUCACUCAAGCGAAACAACAAAAACAACAGCAAUCUGCACAGAACGGCCGGCUUUUAUUUAAAUCGCAGCGAUCCUUGAGCGUACCGAGCACGAAGGAAGACAAGUCGACGGACGAACACACGGAACAACAGACAGAUCGUAGCGCUAGGGUGAGCCUGAGCAACGAGAAUAAUGUUCUACUCGAUCCGGAAAUGUUAACUGACUUUUCGACGCAAACUCUGGUACUGACUAUGUUGGCUACUUUGGUGAAGUAUUCCGUCAACGAGAACGAAACGCGAAUCCUUUACGAGUACCUGGCAGAAGCAACUACGGUUUUUCCAAAGGUGUUUCCAGUCGUACAUAACUUGCUCGAUGCAAAGAUCAACAGCGUAUUGUGUUCCUGUCACGAUCAAGCGAUACUGAACGCCGUUCAAACCAUCAUACAGAAUAUGAUAGCCUGCGAAGACGCGAAUCAGCAACAUCAUUUGCAGCAUUAUUUGCAAAGCUGCGGCUUUCGCGGUCUCUGGAGGUUCGCGGGACCUUAUACGAAUUCCAAUAGUACACCCGAAAAUGCCGAAUUGUUCGUGAACUGCCUGGAGGCGAUGGUGGAAAUGUUGACGGUUCCGGAAUGCAACAGCAAAGAGAUAGCUGCCGGAAAAGACAAGCGCAUGAUUUGCAAUUGUCAGUCGGAUUCUGUCGGAUCUGCAAAAGCAAGGCCAUCCACCAUCAGAAUAAUCCACGAGCACUCUCGUACGUCAUCAGAGAUCGACGCUGUCUCCGUUCACGUCGAUCGUAGCAUGGACAGUAAACGAGAUGACUCGGUUGAUGCGAAUCAAACGGAGGACACAAAUGAUGGUGAUGGUGAUAGUGGCGAUCCGCAACCUUAGCAAUUAAUUUAUAACACUGACAAACAAUGCGACAAGAGUGCGCGCAAAGGACGAACUAUUCGAAAGUUGCAACGGCAGAUGAGAACACAUACGUUUAUCCCGUGUCAUUGUUGUAACGUGUCCAGUCAGCUUAGUGCAAUGCCGUCCACAUCGCGAUAACGAGCCUACAGAAAUGGAAGUCAACGAAAACUACACUUCUGUAGAAUUUUAUUUUAUCAGCGACAUGCUUUGACUCGUUAUUUUCAAGCUUCAGAACGUUCGUUUUUGUCAAUCGUGCAAAACCCCUUAUUUUAGUUUGAGUUUAGUUAGUACAGCAACAAGAUUUCAGUAUUUACAACGAAAAUUUAAAAAGCUCGAAUUGCGUAUAUCGUAAAAUAUCGGAUUUGCAACGCGUGAUCUAGGUAUACAUCACGUGGUUAGCAAUCGACGAAAAAUAAUUUACGGUAUGCGUAGUCAGUCUUAUAAAGAUUCAUACCAGCAACGAGUAUUCUACGUUCGAUAUUUUCGCAGCAAUGACGCGUUGUUUCAACGAUCGACACUAUCCAGAAUCGCAAUACGUACAUAUAGAAUUAUUAGAACCCGAAUUAUUACGCCCGUAGGGGAUCAACAAGAGAAUACGAAAAAUAAAACUUAAUAAUAAACAUCUUCACCAUUCUUUUAUCGUGAAAGAGUGUUGCGUCAUCUAUCGCGCGAUUUAUUUCUGAGCAAUCAAUUGUAAAAUAUAAAUUACUACAUAUUAAUAGCACUCACCCUCUGUUGAUCCCCUGCGGGCUGGAAAUAUGGUUGCGCAAGGUAACUUCUUACGCAGAAACCGUUGCUCCCUCUUGUCUGCCGUUGCGCGUAAGUUUCAACAAUGCAAAGAUGAUCUGGACCAGCGGCGCCUUUCGUCUUAAGGCGUUAGAAGCCCCAGGGUGAAUUAUUUGUAGAGUCCUAUUAAGCGAAACACCAAUAUAACUGUAUAAUGUCUACUACUUGUUAAAGUACAAAGCGAGACCAAGUGUUAUUUUCUUUAUGUCGUAACGUACGCCGGGACGUUUUAGUAAUAAGCGAAAGGGGAAAAGGAGAAGAGCGCGAAGAAUGUAAAAAUCCGGUAAAUCCCGUAUUCGUGGGAGGAUCGCGUUAAGCUACGCGCGUUGCUUGUAUCGCAAGUACUAUCCGCGCGUCCUCGUUUAUUUCAUCAUGUCAUUUAUUUAUUUUCAUAAAUAAAUACGUUAAUAUAGAUAAACAUACGUAAAUAAAUAAAUACGCGAAUGUAACAUGUAUAAAUAAUGUAAGUCAAAUAUAAGAUUGAGAAUGCGGAUCUGCGACGCGAGCGUGAAUGCUGUUCUCGUAUAUGUAUAUGAUUAUACGCGGAAUGAACAGCGGCUUCUCAACGGCACUAGAGUGCCCAUUAGGAAUGCGAGAGAUACAUGGUUUGUACAUAGUACGUUAUGUGUACGUUUUACAAAAAGAGCUGUAUGUACAAUCGCUGCGAAUUUCUAAGUUGGUUCUAUCGUCUGCAAUUUUGCAAACGCAGACUGUUGGAACGAUGCGUUCGAAACGGGAAAGCGAUGGACUGCACGAUGCGUUGCUUCCUUAUACGUAGGGCUUCUUUCGAGCUUGUACUUAACAAAAAACAAUCGAUGAAUUCGCACUCAAAUCAAGCUUCGAGCUUUGAUUUCGUUGAACGUCUGUAUGCAUUAGUCGUGAUAUUUUGAUGUCAGGAGGCUCGAAAUAAUUUUUUAUGAUGUUUCUUGUAUAAACAUGUGUAGCACGCGCGAUUUUAUACUUGUUAAAUUUUUACUAGCGGACUUCCGGCGAGGAAGAAGGUGUGCAUAUAAUGUAUCGGCUAUUAAAUUGAUGGUUUAUCCAGUAUUAAGUAACGAUUCGUUGAUAAUUCGGUGAUUUCAUUCGCGCAGUUCGCGGAAUUGUUAAGUGUAUCCGUAGCUGUCGCGUUACUCGCGCGUCUCGUUGUCUUUUACCAAAGCUGUAAAUCGUCCCUAGGCUGCGUUAGGUAAGGCGAUUAAUUAAGUGAUCAUUAUGUAUAAUUGAGGGGAAAUAGGCCGUAAUCGUAACAGCUGCUUAAACAUGUAUGUAUAUGUACGUAUCCGGAUAUGACGUAUCCGUCGUCAUCAGCUCGGCAUGUUUUAUCCUCCGUGUUCUCGCAAUACUCGUAUUCCUAGAGUGUAAUUAUACGAUUUGUGCGAGUUGUAAAUACCAAGUGCUAGCGUGUAAAGAUUUUGGUGAGCGUGUACGUACGAAUGUCGCGGAUGUGUAACGAAAAUUACAGGAACGCCCGCACAUUUUUGUAGUUUAUCAACUACGAAUGGAAAAAAAACAAGUUACCGGUCUUUUCAAUCCGAAAUCCUCAUCUUGUGUGUGUGUAUGUGUGCGCACUUUGAAACCAUACACAUACUAAGAAUAGACUCCCUACCUUUCCCAUGUAGAGAAAAUGUACAAACUUUAGAAAGAGACAACAUGCUUUGGGUUUCAUUCUCAUUCAGAAAAAGAGAGAGAGAAUGCCGACCCGCAAAGCAUGUUAUCUCUUUCUAAAGUUUGUCAAUUUUUCAGCCGAACGCGCAGUCUAUUCUUACUAUGCUGUGUUUGAAACACGUGCCAAACACGUUCGCCAUCGUCGAUAUACAAUACUUUCUACGAUCGAUUAAAGUACGGGACGUGCGAUAUGAUAUUACGUGCACGUGUGCGAGAGCGAGGAGCACGUACGUGUGUAUGUGUAUAUGCAAGCAGUGCAGUAUACAUCUAUAAGGGAUGUCUAUGUAGCAGAUCGUGAUAUACGCAUAGUUAAAUGUACAAUACCAUAGCUCUGCGGACACUCGAUCCGUGCGAUCGACGUCGAGCAUUAUUUUUCUCUCGAUCGAAUCUCCUCACGAACCGUGAUUGUCUGGCCUUUCUACGACCUGCAGAGAGACAAUGUUUUAUGUAAAUAUGUCCACGAGAUUAAAAACGCUGUUUGUUAAACUAC